AUGAGAGUCACAAGUGAUGGUAUGGAAAUUGUUAGAAAACAAAAGGUUGAUGAAUCAGUACUUAUUAUUCGAGGAAAAGACAGGGGUAGGGCAGCAUGGCAUUAUAUAUUAGUUCCAUUUCAUAAACUAGCGCAUCUACGUGAACAACCAGAAGGCUCAAAUAUUGACAUAACGCAAUUUGGUGAAGUUCUCACAUAUAAAGACGAGAAUGGAGUAGUCCAUCCAUGUUCUGGUUGGGGUGAAGAUCCGCCUGAAAAAGUUCAGCACUGGAUCGUUGAGUUUGAGGAGAGUUUUUAG